GGGUAACUGAGCAAGUACCAAAAAGAGACCCUUUUGACCACCAGUAGAAUCCGAAUCCGAAUCCGUAUCUGCAGAUGGGUUCGGGUUAGGAUUCAAUAUGUUGUGUUUAAUUUUCCGGCUCGUAAAUCCGGAUCUAGGGUUCCGAUCAAUGGCAUCACGAGCGGCGAUUUCUAUAUAUCCCGGCUUACGGAACUUUUCUAUGCCAGUGAAGAAGAUCCGAAUGUGAAGAUGAUAAUAUUAAAGGGACACAGAAGGGCUUUUUGUGCUGGUGGUGAUGUUUCAAUUUUUUUUCAGAAUCCUGGUAACUGGAAAAUCGGUGCUAAUUUUCUCCAAAAGCAGUACACCUUGAACUAUGUGAUGGCAACGUAUAGCAAAACACAGGUUUCCAUCCUUAAUGGAAUUGUCAUGGGAGGCGGAGCUGGUGCUUCUAUACACGGUAGAUUUCGAGUUGCAACAGAAAAAUCGGUAUUUGCCAUGCCUGAAACAGAUUUGGGACACUUUCCUGAUGUAGGUGCCUCUUAUUUUUUAUCAAGACUCCCAGGUUUCUUUGGGGAAUAUGCUGGUCUUACUGGUUCUAGGUUGGAUGGAGCUGAAAUGCUUGCUUGUGGUCUUGCAACCCACUUUGUAUCAUCGGAUAAAUUGCCACUUUUAGAACAAGCACUAGUUAAAGUCAAUACGAGUAAUCCAGAUGCUAUAUCUGCUAUCAUAAGUUGCUUCUCCAACAUGCCAAAAUUGAAAGAAGAAAGUCCUUAUCACAAGAUGAAGAUUAUUAAUCACUGUUUCUCUCGAAGGACAAUUGAAGAAAUCAUAUCUACUCUUGAAAGUGAGGCUUUGGACAAGAAGGAUGACUGGAUCUCUUCAACCAUUCAAACGCUGAAGAAAGCAUCCCCUACAAGUCUUAAAAUUUCCUUGAGAUCAAUAAGAGAAGGGAGGCUGCAAGAUAUUAGUUGUUGCCUUGUCCGUGAGUAUAGGAUGGCUUGCCAUUUGUUGAGGGGAGAAUUUAGCAAGGAUGUUGUUGAGGGAUAUAGAGCCAUAUUCAUUGACAAGGAUAGAAAUCCUAAGUGGGAGCCCUCCAGACUGGAACUAAUAAGUGAUGAUGAUGUUGAUCGUUACUUCUCCAAGAUAGAUGCUGAAGAUUGGGAAGACCUAAAGUUGCCUCCAAGAUCAAACAUGCAUCCAUAUGCAAUUGCGAAGCUUUAAAAUUGACUUCUGAAGAUCAUUCAAUACUCUACAGCAUGUUGGGUUCACUAGAUCAUUAUGAGGGAGUCAAUGAUUAUUAAAACAUUAUUAAUAUUAUUGCAAAGUGGUACACCAAAUAAACGCACAUCACUCCUUUGUAUACAAGCAAAUGUGCAUCCUGUCUUGAAACACAAGCAGCAUGACUUAAUUAUGUUUGAACUUGUGGGAGUUUAUCCUUGAUCUUGACUGAUGGCAGUUGAGCUAAUUCUCUAUAGCAAUAAAAAUAUUCAGUCUUGCCUUU